AUGACAGGGCUUGACCGGGAAAGAGUUCAAUCACUGAAAGCUGGGUUAGUAAGGAUGGUCCUGGUUGGUAAAACUGGAGUGGGAAAAAGUGCCACUGGAAAUACGAUUCUUGGAAGGAAGGAGUUCCAGGCCUCUCCUUUAUCAAACUCUACAACAAAAAAGUGUAAGAGAAGACAAACAAAAGUUGAUUCAAGGACUGUACAGGUCAUUGACACUCCAGGUCUGUUCGACACAAAUGGCUCAAAUGAGAAUGUUAGGGUGGAAAUUGGGAAAUGCAUCGCCAUGUCCUCACCUGGGCCCCAUGUGUUCCUGCUGCUGCUCUCUGUGGGACGCUUCACCCAAGAGGAGAGAGAGGCGGUGGAGUUGAUCCAGGAGACAUUUGGAGAGUUCUCUAAAGCAUACACAAUGGUGGGCUUUACUCAUGGAGAAAAGCUGAAGGAAGAAAAUAUAGACAUUGAGACAUACAUUGAAGAAGGCAGUAAAGAGGUGAAAGACCUGAUUGAGGAAUGUGGUGGCAGGUACCAUGUCUUCUACAAUAAAGAUGCUGGCAACACAGAUCAGGUCAUCACCCUGCUGGAGAAGGUGGAUACAAUGAUUCUGAGAAAUGGAGGAACCUACUACAACACAGACAUGUACAUUGCGACUGAAAGGCAGAUUAGGGAGGCUGAGGUUAAGGCUUUACAAGAUAAAGUGAAAAAAAUUGAGAGAGAUUGUUUCACUAAAAUAUUAGAUGGAGAACAACAAAUACUUGACUUGAAAAAACAGCUACAAGAAGCAGUCAGAGAAACUAGUGAGAAAGCAAAGGUGCUGGAGGACAGUAUUUCGAAUAUGAAAGAAACAAUGAUGGAUGACCUGAGUGUCAAAUUAUCUAAUAACAACAUCCGCCGAGAAAGUAUUCGGGAAACUGCUGAGAUGAUUGAAGCUACAGAGAUAGCAAAAAAGGUAAAGGGAAAAGAAAAAUGUAAAAUUUCAUAA